AAUGCAGCAUGGGAUGCUUUGAGCCACUCGACAUGAUGAGGUCUCUCUGUCCCGACCCGUCCACCAAGUUCAUUACUCCACAUCACACGGACUCCUCAAGAUCUACUACGACUUGGGAGCAGCUCAUCACUUCCUGCACACACCCCACCCCUCCCACACACACAUCUUCACUUAUUUUCAUCGCUAGAGGCAACAACAGUAACAUGGACACUUUGAUGAAGAACACAAAAUCUGUUGGCAAUAAACUAAAACGGAUUUACAACACAGUUGCUUGGAAUCCAUUUCCAGUAGAUUUCUGGUUUAGUAAAGAGCCACACUUUCAAGAGAAAAAAUGUGUGUCUAUUUUAGCAAACACCUCUCAGGCUGGUGACUACAUGAGAAGCGUACAUGAGAAUGCCAAAAUGAUGUUUGAUGAGAAAGCAUAUUUACAUUGGUAUCAGAAAUAUAACUGUGAGGAAACUGUAUUUAGGGAAGCGUUUGAGAACGUGAAAACUAUUAUUGACAACUACUAUAGGAUGUGA